CAAUUUCAUCAUUUUUAAUAGUUAAAGUAAUGCAAAUUUUUUUUUUUUGUAAUUUUAUAUUAGCGAUGUAAAAGAUAUGCUAUUACUCUAAUUGUAUCUUAGAAUAGGAAUAACAACACGAUCUGAAACAUUCAUAUAAAAACUAUUCUUAUUGAAACAUGCGUCUGUAUAAAGUUCCUAGUCGUGAAAUUCGAAAAUUAGUUUUUCUGUUAUCACGGUGUCUGUUAAAAAUGCAGUAUCUUCAUAGUAAUAAGUUAAGAACACAAAAAUCUUUUCAGAGUAUUCAUUGUUCAUUUGCGUCUACAUAACGCAUCCAUCAAUUUUAUACUUUCAAAUGGUUAUAACUCAAUAAAUUAAAGUGGCAAAAUGCUGAAACUUACAGUCCAGGACAAAAGUUUAAGUGAAAUUAGUUUUUCACAUUUCUUUUUUUCAUAUUAUGAGGUAUGGGUCUGAUUCAAAUAGUGGUAUAGAUGGUAUGAGAGGCCAGCUGUAUGAUGUAUUAUAGAACGAGAUUUCGUCUACCUAUAUGAAUAUUUUAUGAUAAAAAAAAAUUUUUCCUAUGAAAAAACAGUAUUAGGUACCUUUCAGUAUUUCGCAUUCUCUAAUCAAGAGAUUUAUACUAAAAUAAAAGAAAAUGAUAUCAAUCGAUAGAGCAUGAAAUGCUCUAUCAGUUUAUAAAAGAAGAUUUCUUCCUGGAGUCGAUCUUCAUCUCUCAAACUUGGUUUUAGGGAGAAUAGUCUGCAAAACGGAAAAAGUGAAAUUCCCUAUUAUCACAAUGUUUUAUACACCAUUGGAAAGAGCAUUCAAAACUGAACAAAAUGUUAUAUUUGAAAUUCGAAUAUCACUGAUUUUUCACACCCACCUUAUUGAAAUAAAAUUUUGCAAAACACAAUUAGCUGCUCUUUCUUAAUUAUUUUGAUAGGAGAAAAAUGCUGACUAUUCUCACUAAAACCAAGUUUGAGAGAUGAAGAUCGACUCGAGGAAAAAGUGUUUUUUUAUAAACUGAUAGAGCAUGAAAUGCUCUAUCGAUUGAUAUAAUUUUCUUUUAUUUUGGUAUAAAUCUCUUGGUUAGAGAAUGCGAAAUACUGAAAGGCACCUAAUACUGUUUUUUCAUAGAAAAAAUUUUUUUUUAUCAUAAAAUAUCUAUAUAGGUAGACAGAAUCUCAUUCUAUAAUACAUCAUAUAGCUGGCCUCUCAUACCAUCUAUAUCACUAUUUGAAUCAGACCCGCAUCUCAUUAUAUGAAAAAAAUAUACUGAAAAAAGAAAUGUGAAAAAAUAAUUUCACUUAAACUUUUGUCCUGAAUUGUAUGUAAAUUCUAGUUGUACUAAACUUUUCAUUUCAUUUGGCCGAAUUACAGCGACUGUAGGAAGAUAGAGAAAAUCGUGGUAACCCGCACUCAUUCAAAAGGAUUCCUAAUAUAAGAGUGAUUCAAAACAGCUGACAUUUCUCGAAAUAAGUUUUCUAUUCCAAAUGGAAAUAUUUUAAUUUACGUUUGUAACUAAGAUAACAGAUCUUAUGAUAGUCAGAUAUUUUCUUUGGAAGUUUGUUCCUAAAAAGCGUUAUCAUCACAACAGUACAGUAACACAUAUUUUUACAUUCUCUAAAAAAAGCACAUUUUUUCAGCUUUCGUAACAAUAUCAAAUGAUCUACUGACGUCAAACUUCAACGAUGCUACUGUUAUUUCUAUUCUUUUUUUUAAAUGAUAAAGUAAUAUUCGAAAUACAAUAAAAGAUAAUCCACACAAAAAAAAAAUACUUCAUUUUCACUGACGAUUAUCAUUAAUUAUUAUCAUGACAUCUAUCGGUAGAAAAUAUACGAAAACCUAUAAAAAAAUUUUUGAAUGAAUAAAUUCGGUUGUCUCUCGUUCGAGAAAUCUUCUGCUCAUGUUAUCUUAGUUGAACAAGCUGUAUGGUUCGAACCAGAAAAAUUUUUAUCCUGGCGACCUCUAUUGAAUACUUCUCGUUAUGUUGAUAAUUCAAUUUCAGAUUAUGUAGACUCAACACUACAUACAUAUUCUAAACUGUAGCUAUUGAAAACCUAAUAUUAGCAUAAAAACGUGAAAUUUACUUAUAAAAAAUAGAAUUGAUCAUUGUUCGUUUGUUUUAUUUUUUUUAACUUUCGUACAUUUUCUCUUCAUUACAAAAUAUUCUUUCUUUUUGUUUUUUUUAGGAUCCUGAACGUGAUGUACGAGAAGUUGAACAAUGGUUAAAAAUUCAAGGCGAUGAUCCUGAUAAUGAUGAACCAAUCCAUCACGACAGUGGAACAACAGCUGCAUUUGAAAAUUUUCUACAUAAACGUGCAGCAACUAUUCCUGACGAGCCAGUAUCUGAACAACAAAUUCGUUUGAAUUUACAGGAUCCAGCGAAGCAUAAUCAAAAAAAUAAUACUUAUCUGUAA